AUGUCGAUCGAACAAAAGGAAGACAAUAUGGAGAUCGUUGGCGAGCAGUGGCGAGAAGACUGGAGAGUGAUGGUUGUGUUGACUCGGUUUGGAGGUCUCCGAAAAGCAGCAGCCUUACCAACGGGGAAUUUAGCAACUGAUUUCGAGCAUGAAAGUUUUCAUUUUUUUUCUUAUAUAUCCCUGGCGAUGGUGAUGGUUACUGAGGGAGGCAAAAUCUCAGAUAAAAAACUGGUAAAACCUAUUGGGAAGGUGACAAUGGUGGCUAAUAUGCACCAGAGGAAGGGUGAGAUGGCCUUCCAUUUUGAUUGCUUCAUUGCUUUGUCUGGUGGCUAUGAGACUUUGGAUUGGAGGUGGGUUUGCUUAAUUGUUGAUGGCUACUACAGCUUCUUCCUGACUGUCAUUGAUAAAGCAGUUGACGAUGACUUCAUAAAGCCUUGUGAGUGCCACAUCUUUGUUUCUGCCCGUAAUACCAAAGAGCUAGCCCUAAAACUUGAGGCCUGCUACGUGACCCUAGGGUUUAUGGCAGGGACGGGUUCGAUGAGGUUGACAGUGGUGAUGACCACGAUGGCAGGUUUGGGGAUUUUCGCGAUGGCCGUGUCGAACACCAGCGACGCGCGAUUUCACGCGAGGGUACCGAUUUGGAGGUCGAGGAUGAGGGGCUGCACCGUCGUGGCUGGGGCGGUCGUGAGGGAGACUUUCAGCGGCGACCAGCUUUUGGGGAAUUUGACGGGGUUGAUCGAUUUGGACAUCACCGGCGUGACGGCAGGCGUCCGAUAG